CGUGGGCCUCGUGCGAGUGCCCACGGAGGGCCUGCGGCCUCCCCAGAGACUCUGUGUGCACCCUUGGCCCGCUGGGCGCCGUGGCCUCCCGGGGAGGAGCUCGCAGCUCGCCGCGCAGGGCCCGAGCCGGCCUCCCUCCCCGCGCGGCAGCGUUCUCUCGCGCUCCUUCCCCGACGCGCGCGAGGCCGUAGCGGCCGCUCCGAGGGAGCGCGGCGGCGCCCCGCCGGGCGCCAUGGCCGCGGCACCCCGCCGGACGCGGGCCCUGUGCAUCGCCCUGGGCGUGGCCCCGCGGGCGCCUGCCGCCCUCUCGGAGGUCGACUGCUGGGCAGGGCUGCCGGGGAGGCCGAAGGCGUGGCACCUGGCGUGCUGCGAGCUCGGGGGCUGGCAGGACUGCUGGACGGAGGAGCUCACCCAGGAGCUGUGCUGCAACCACAGCGCCGCGCCGGGGGAGCGCCCCUCGGACGGCGCCGUCCCGGAGAUGAGCGCGGAGGAGGGCCUCGAGGCGGUGCGCGAGUUCCUGGGCUUCAGCGGCAAGGAGCUGCAGCUGCUCCUCGCCGGGCUCCGCGGCCUCUCGGCCGGCGCCGCGCCCAGCGACGCGUGGCGGUGCCGCGGCUGCGAGGCCGCCGGCGGCCGGCCCGACGAGGGCGGCUCGCCGGAGAGGCUCGCGGGGGGUCCCGCCAGGAGGCUGCGCUGCUACACGCCCUGGGACUGCGCCCAGGAGGCGUACGCGCGGUGGCACCUGCGCGGAUGGGACACGGGCCUGCUGCCCAUACGGCACCCGUGGUUCAGCGAGGAGUCCGACCCUCAUUUUGCGAUGGGCAUGAAGAUGAGGGAGGACAACGAUGGCUGGAGCCCGAAGGGCCACGAGCGCACAUUCGAGAGAGUGCAGCUGGCAGACUGGCUGCAGCAGACCUCCGAGUUCAUCAGGGGCGCGGAGUCGGAACUACCAGGCCCGAGGCGGUGCUUGGAGUGGGACGCGAGCACGUACAGCAGGCGCUACUUCAAGGGCUUCUGUGACUUCCUCGACAUGGUGAUGUUUGAGGAUAAGGAGCCCCGGUCCGAGCCGCGGGACCCGGAAGGCAGCCUGGAGUACCGGGUCGACUUGCACGAGGCCGACCGGAUCAUCGCGCCAGGAUCCAUCGCCGUCUCCAUCUGCGUGCAGGUGUUCGAGCACCUGCAGCACCCAGCAGCGGCCAUGGAGCAGCUGUUCCGGCUGACCGCGCCCGGGGGCUGGGUCGUGUGGUCGGCGCCGCUGUUCAGCAUGGUCCACGGGGAUCCGCACGAUUACUGGCGGUUCACGCCGAACGGCGCUAUGCUGCUGGCAAGAGAGGGCGGCUUCCAGAUCUUCGGCGUCAACGCGCCCGGCAGCCUGCGGGAGCUCUCUGGCUAUUUCGUCGGCAUCAACGCACCGUACUGGUCGCAGGAGGCCCUCCUGCAGCACACCGACUCGAAGUGGCCACUGCAGGUGUACAUGCUGCUGCGGCGGCCGCCGUCCGCCUGAGGGGCCCCUCUCGGCGAGCCCGCGGGGGGUGCGCGGCCGGGAGGUCCGCGCUCGCGCUCGCGGCCGAGGGGGGCACUCUGCGCGCUCGGAGGCGGAAACAAGAGUUGCAUCCCCUCUUCUGGCGCAGGGUGUGAUCCAGCCUGGUCGCGCUUCGGGCGUGAGUCUGCUUCCCCGCCCGCGAUCUCUCGGCAGGCUGAGCUUGCACCUCGCGCGCCUGGCCUCUUCGUGGCGGAAUGGUGCGGCCGCGCUGGUGACGGGUGCAGGUUUCUUCGAAUCCCA